UAAUUGAGAGGAUGAGGCCGAAAAAUUCGUUCUCGAAAAAUGUGAUAGUAAACGGACAUCCCGUGUCCGGUUCGAUCGAUUCGGGCAGUUCCGCCGUGUUAAUACGUUCGACGAUAGCCCGCGAGUGUGGAAUCGCCGUACGCGAUGCCGUUUGUCCCUUGUAUACGGUGGGAAAUGUCGAUCAACCAGGCGCGACGACAAUCGGCGAAGGUGUCGCCGACGUCACCAUUGACGACGUGAUGGGGUCCGACCACAAAUUGAAGAUUGUGCCGGACGACUCGAUGCCAGUCGAUGUAUUGGUUGGUCGUACGUGGCUCGACCUGCCACACGUCAAUUAUUCGAAACAAGCGGGCGAAAUUGUUUUCAAAACCAACAGUCGCAUGUUGACUGACGUACUCGCCGAGAUACUCGCCACCGACGACGGGAACAUAUACGUCGCAGGAGCAGAGCUGCAACCCCUAGUGAAGGACACCAAACCACCCGACGGAGGGGACGCCGACGAGCCCCUAUCCGAGGAAGAAGACGACGAGAUCAACAACCGGGACCAAUCCGACGACGAGGGUGACAGCCAGAAACCGCCCAACGAUGAGAUUCGACCUGAAGUCCAAUUCCGUCAGCCGCCAGAAGGCGUGAGGUAGUGGGUAACCUAACCCGCACAGCUCGACGACUACGAGCUCGGCCGGCCUUAAGCCACCAAUGUUGUUUUAAAAAAAAAAAAAAAAAAAAAAAAGUUUAUAUUCGUUAUUAUAAUUGUUUUUUUUAUAUUGAGAAUUGUCCGCCAUCAAAUUCGAUGCGAACAAUUAUUUAUUAUAAAGUAUAAUAUUAUUUGUUUUGUGUUUUAUGAUCGCCCACGCGAUGUCUUUUUGUAUUAUUAAUAUUGAGCUUCGCCGUCGAUGUCGACGCAAGUUCCGAUCGCUCGCGCCGCGUGUAUUAUUUUAAAUUUAUGUGAUGUUUUUUUUUUGGUUUAUUGAAUUUUGAUUUUGU